ACAGAGCUCCAGGAGAUCUGCGACCUGAUCGGGCUGGACCCCGGCGUGCUGGAGCAGGCGCUGUGCUCCCGCACGGUGAAGGCACGGGAUGAGAUGGUGCUCACCACCCUCAGCGUCCCCCAGGGCUACUAUGGCCGGGACGCACUGGCCAAGAACAUUUACAGCCGCCUCUUUGACUGGCUGGUGAACCGCAUCAACACCAGCAUCCAGGUGAAGCCAGGCAAGCAGAGGAAAGUGAUGGGUGUCCUGGACAUCUACGGCUUUGAGAUCUUCCAGGACAACAGCUUUGAGCAGUUCAUCAUCAACUACUGCAACGAGAAGCUGCAGCAAAUCUUCAUCCUGAUGACCCUGAAGGAGGAGCAGGAGGAAUAUGUCCGAGAGGGCAUCCAGUGGACCCCAGUGGAGUUCUUUGACAACAGCAUCAUCUGCAACUUGAUCGAGAAUAGCAAGUGCGGGAUCCUGGCCAUGCUGGACGAGGAGUGCCUGCGGCCCGGCGUGGUCAACGAGGACACCUUCCUGACCAAGCUGAACCAGCUCUUCGCCACCCACAAGCACUACGAGAGCAAGGAGACCCAGAACGCCCGGCACAUCAUGGACGCCAGCCUGCUGCCGCAAUGCUUCCGCAUCCACCACUACGCUGGCAAGGUGACCUACAACGUGACGGGCUUCAUCGAGAAGAACAAUGACCUGCUCUUCCGCGACCUCUCGCAGGCCAUGUGGGCCGCCCGGCACACUCUGCUGCGCUCUCUCUUCCCUGAGGGAGACCCCCAGAAGGUCUCCCUCAAGCUGCCCCCCACUGCCGGCUUCCAGUUCAAGGCCUCGGUGGCGACGCUGAUGAAGAACCUCUACUCCAAGAAUCCCAACUACAUCAGGUGCAUCAAGCCCAACGAGACCAAAACGGCGAUGCUCUUCACGCCGGAGCUGGUGCUGGCGCAGAUCCGGUACCUGGGGCUGAUGGAGAACGUGCGGGUGCGG